AUGAAAAACACGCUGAUAGCCAUUGUUGGUAAUACCGGUGUUGGUAAAUCCCAGCUGGCUGUGGAGCUUGCGCGCAAACUGAACGGUGAAAUCAUUAACGGCGACUCGAUGCAGAUGUAUCGCGGCUUGGACGUUAUCACUAAUAAGCAUCCCAUGAAGGAGCGCAUGGGGGUGCCUCACCAUCUUUUGGGACACAUUGAGUGGGAUAAACAAUAUACAGUUACGCAGUUCGAAAAAGAGGUGACUGGUCUUGUUGAUGAUAUGGAAAAACGAAGUAAGAUCCCAAUUCUUGUUGGAGGAACUCAUUAUUAUAUCCAGUCGAUUAUCGCAGAAAAUUCCACUAUAGGACAGAGAGAAAGUCCGAAAAGAAAUCUCACGGCUGAAGAAGAGCAGAUACUGGAUAAUCCUGCUCAAGUCGAGAAAGAAUUAAAGCAAAUUGAUCCGGUAAUUGCAUCCAAAUUCCAUCCAAACGAUACCCGUCGAUUACGACGAGCUCUCGAAGUGUUUUACACAACAGGCCAACGGCCCUCGGAAAUUUAUCAAGAACAAUCAGAAUGCACUACAAAGUUAAGAUACAAUGUGCUUGUUUUCUGGAUCUAUUGUCAACGUGACGUCCUCAACGAGCGGUUGGACACUCGAGUUGAUGCAAUGCUUGAGGCUGGAUUGAUGGACGAGAUAAAUGAGCUUUAUGGGGAGUGGGAAGGUGGCAAAAAUGCUGAGGGACAAGGAGUUUGGCAAGUGUUGGGAUUCAAACAAUUUUUACCGUACCUUUCGAAAGAAGUGCCGACGCCGGAUUCUAGUGUUGCUGCCAUGAAGUCCGAAACAAGGCAGUAUGCGAAGAAACAAACAAAGUGGAUCAUCAAUAAAUUAACGCCGCAAUUGCAAAAAUUAGGAGGGACAAUGGCUGUUCUGGAUUCCACUGAUCUUGACAAUUGGCAAGAAAAUGUCGCUGAUCGGGCUGUAGAUAUUGCCAGAGACUGGCUCAGCGGCGAGCAAAUUAAACAAAGAUUGGUACCCGAGCACAUUGAUGCCCAACGUAAACAGCAAGAGUUCAGCCGUGACCAAUGGGGCAGCCCGUAA